GCACGACUCGUCAACACAGACCUACAAAAUGUUUAAAUUGGUGGUGUUGUCCGCUCUCGUUGCCAUCGUGGCCGCCAAACCCGGAGGCCUUUUGGGCUACUCUGCCUACGCCCCGGCCGUCGUCGCCGCCCCAGCGGUGGCCGUGCCCGCCGCCGUCAGCCACCAGUACAGAACCGACGUCAUCAGCAAGCCGGUGGUUGCCACCUAUGCUGCCCCCAUCGUACAGAAAACCGUCGUUGCCGCCCCCGCCGUCUACAGCGCGCCUUUGGCUUACGCCGCCCAUGGUGCCCAUUUGGCUUACGCCGCCCCCCUUGCUCACGCUUGGUAGAGAGGAUUGAUGGAACUUAAAUGAAUUUAUUUUAUUUUAUAAAUAAAUAAAUUAUUAUUUUUCA